AUGCCGAAAUCAAAUUUACGGCGGGACAUAAACAUGGUGGCUCAGAAGAAAGGUCGCGGUGCAAAAAAUCAAGCGGCUAAAGCUAAAGCAGCGAAUCAACAAGAAGAAGUGCCGCCACCCGAAGUUGAAGCAAUGGAAGGCACUGAAGAGAAUAACGGUCAGACGGAAUCGACUGAGCAAGGGGACGAAGCAAUUGCAACUGAUGAAGGCGCGGAGCCUCAGGACGGUGAUCAAAGUCAGGAAAACGCUGAUAAUGAAACUAAGGCAGAGGAACAGAAAGAAGAGAAGGUCGAAACUGGUAAACUGCUCGUUGAGAACCUUCCAUCAAGUUAUCUUUUCGACUACCAAGAAAAACUCAAGGAGAUGUUCUUAAAAUAUGGCGAAAUUAUUAGUGUGAAACGUGGUCCAAUCAUUGUUACUGAACUGACCACAACUCCGACAUUAUCGGCUAUAGUCGAAUUCAAAAGCAAAGACUCUCUGGAAAAGGCGCUGGCCGAGGACGGCGCCCUGGUGGAGGGCAGCGCGAUCUCGGUGGCGGCCGAGUCCAGGGGCGAGACGGCCGUGCUGGUGGGCGUGCCCUACGAGGCGAGCACCGACUACGUGCGCCUGCUCUUCGCCCAGUGCGGCGACGUCUCGCACAUACACGAGUUCAGCAAGACCAAGUACAAGAUACUGCGCGUGACAUUCUUCGAGAAAGAGGCCGCCGAGAAGGCGCUGAAAUUGGACCGUGAGCUGCGCAUUAACGGGUUCCUGGUCACCAUCACCAAAUUCCGCGAUGAGGAGGAGCAGAAAGCCCACACAGCCAAUACCAAUAAGAACAAGCGGCAGCACGCGCAGCAGCAGAACCGCAGCACGGCGGCCGCCACGCCGGCGGCGGGGAGCCCCAACUCGCGCAACAACAACUUCCGCGCCCGCGGCGGCUCGUACAACGCGCGCGGCAACUUUAGAGGGGCGCGCGGGCGCGGUUUCGGCGGGCGCGGCGGGGCUUUCCCGCGCGGUGGAUUCGCCCCAGUCAACACCUACCUGCCGCCGCAGCCGUUCAUGGCGCGCCCGGGGGCCUUCAUGAACGACGGGCAGCGGCCGAACAAGCGGCUCCGGCAAAUG